GUGCAAUCAUACCAUUGCUCUAGCCUAAUCUCUGGAACAGAGAGACAUCGUAAGUGCCCUUGGUCUGUGCCAUCCCAUCACCUCAAGUCACUUGUAUGCAGUGUGCUGUCCCUCAGUGUCUCCACUGUGACAUUUGACCCCCUAGCCAUCUCCUCUCCAAAUGAGGCUCCCAGUGCAUGUACCUCCAGGACCCUUGGGGGAACUGCAGAAAUCAGAAAAGUCAAGCAUAACACCUGGCACUUGUUUUUAUCACAUUAUUAGCAGCACCUUUAUCUCCAAGACAGCAAAAGUCCCCGCUCUUCGUUAGAUCUUGUGGUUUGGGCUUUUUGUUUUUUGUGUUUUUGUUUUUCCAGCCAAGCCCCAAGGAAGAGAUUACACCAGAAAUCUCUGUAUUCUGUGAAUUUUCUAAAUCCCCUCUUCACAAACACUGAUGGGCUAAAGAUCUUAUCGGGGAGGUUUGUAUCUCUUAUCAGGUCCACUUAGCAGCCCUCAAGGGGACAACUAGGACAGGUCAGAGCACAUAUAGCAAACAACUUUUGCCGGCCACUGCAUGCUCAGAACCCGAGGAGAAAGCAUGAAGUGGUUUUGGGUCCUUGGGCUGGUGGCCCUCUCAGAGUGCUUAGUCACAAUCCCUCUGACGAGGGUCAAGUCCAUGCGAGAAAACCUCAGGGAGAAAGACAGGCUGAAGGAUUUCCUGGAGAACCAUCCUUACAACCUGGCCUACAAGUUUGUUGACUCUGUAAAUCUGGACCUGGGGAUAUAUUUUGAACCGAUGAGGAACUACCUGGAUCUGGCCUACGUUGGCACCAUCAGCAUUGGAACGCCCCCGCAGGAGUUCAAGGUCAUCUUUGACACCGGCUCGUCUGACUUGUGGGUGCCCUCCGUCUACUGCUCUAGCCCUGCCUGCGCUAAUCACAACGUCUUCAACCCUCUGCGGUCCUCCACCUUCCGGAUCUCGGGCCGGCCGAUCCACCUCCAGUACGGCUCCGGGACGAUGUCAGGAUUUCUGGCCUACGACACCGUUCGGUUCGGAGGCCUCGUUGACGUGGCCCAGGCGUUUGGCCUGAGCCUGAGGGAGCCCGGCAAGUUCAUGGAAUACGCAGUUUUCGACGGCAUCCUGGGCCUGGCCUACCCCAGCCUCAGCCUCAGAGGGACCGUCCCUGUCUUCGACAACCUAUGGAAGCAGGGUCUCAUUUCUCAGGAGCUCUUUGCCUUCUACUUGAGCAAAAAGGACGAGGAGGGCAGUGUGGUGAUGUUCGGCGGUGUGGACCACUCCUACUACAGCGGAGACCUCAACUGGGUGCCGGUGUCCAAACGGCUGUACUGGCAGUUAUCCAUGGACAGCAUCUCCAUGAACGGGGAGGUCAUUGCUUGUGAUGGUGGCUGCCAGGCCAUCAUUGAUACAGGAACCUCGCUGCUGAUUGGCCCAUCUCACGUUGUCUUCAACAUCCAGAUGAUCAUCGGCGCCAACCGGUCCUACAGCGGCGAGUACGUAGUUGACUGUGAUGCCGCCAACACCCUGCCCGACAUCGUCUUCACCAUCAACGGCAUCGACUACCCGGUGCCAGCCAGUGCCUACAUCCAGGAGGGUCCUCAGGGCACCUGCUACAGCGGCUUUGACGAGAGCGGAGACAGCUUGUUGGUCUCAGACUCCUGGAUCCUGGGCGAUGUCUUCCUGAGGUUGUAUUUCACCGUCUUCGACCGAGAAAACAACAGGAUUGGCCUGGCUCUGGCAGUGUAAACACUGGGGCCAGCUCCAGGAAGCAACCGUGCCCACCCCAAACCCGCGCGCGUGCGCACACACACACACACCCCGCAGUCAGGGCAUUCCUGCCCAGGGGCCGGCUUGAACUGUGUCUUCGGCUCUGCAAAGCCCUUCUCCCAGUGGAGAAUAAAAGACCUCAUUUUCCACGGU